AUGGCUUCAAUGGAGCUCGCACUUGCAGCAUUACAUUCAGCGGAUCCUGGAGAAAAGCCUAAUAUUAGUUUGGUUGCAAGAACAUACGGCGUUAGCCAAUCGGGCCUUUAUAAACGUUUUCACGGUGUUACAGGCUCAAAAGAAGAGCAAUACGACAAGCAACGAAUACUCACCACCACGCAAUCAAGAGCGCUUAUAAAAUGGAUAAAUCAACUCACCGAGCGAGGCCUGCCCCCUACAAAUUCAAUGUUAGCGAACUUUGCAAGAGAAAUAUCUGGUAAAGAGCCUGGGAAAAACUGGGCUUCACGCUGGCUCAAGGCUCAUUCGGAUAAGGGCUUCAUGCUUGGAGUAAGCACAAAACGGAAAAGAAUCUUUACUCGGCGCAAAUAUGAGCAAGGGGGCUAUAAGCAGCAUCUUCAGGAUGGAAAUCGAGAAUGGAUUACAACAAUUGGUUGUAUCUGUGCCAAUGGAACUGCUUUAGCGCCUAGUCUUAUUUAUAUGGCAAAAUCGGGCUUUAUACAGGAUUCUUGGCUUCAAGAUUACGAUCCCCAAACACAGAGAUGCUUCUUUGCAGCCUCAGAGUCAGGGUGGACUAAUAAUGAUAUCGGAUAUCGCUGGUUGGUGGAUGUUUUUGAUAAAGAGACAAAAUCUCAAGCAAGCCGGGGAUGGCGCCUUCUUAUCCUCGAUGGGCAUGGAUCCCACGUUACAAUGAAGUUUAUUGAAUACUGCGACUCGAAUCGAAUUCUAUUAGCAAUCUUUCCGGCUCAUGCAACACAUACUUUACAGCCUCUUGAUGUCGCUCUUUUCUCGCCUCUUUCUAACGCUUAUACGAAGCAAUUGGAUGAUUUUAUAAGGGAUAGCCAAGGCUUCACCCGGCUCACUAAACGUGACUUUUUUCGCCUUUUUUGGGCUAGCUGGAAUGAGGUUUUUAUAAGCAAGAAUAUCAAUUCAGCAUUCAGAACGACUGGUCUAUAUCCCUUUGAUCCGGAGAUUGUUAUCAACAAAUUCAACAAGAAAAUCACCAGCCGGCCAUUCUCAAGCGAAUCCGGAGCUUCAAUUAUUCCUCCAGAAGAUUGGAGACGGCUUGAGAAGCUUGUUAAAACUGUUGUUAACAAUAUUUAUGAUGAAAAGGCUGUACAGCUUCGAGAAACGGUGUCACAUCUUUCUACUCAGCUUAUCUUGCUUCAAAAUGAGAAUCAAGGCCUGAAAAGAGCUCUCAUAAAUGCAAAGAAGCCUAAAAACAAGAAACAGCCUUUAUUACUAGGUUUACCAUCAGAACAAGAUGGUGGAGCGCUUUUUAUGAGCCCUACUAAGGUUCAGCAAGCUCGUGAUAUUAUUUCUCAAAAAAAUGACGAAGCCGCGCAGAAGCAGGCUCAUAAAGAUGAUAAAAAGCUUCAACAACAGCUUAAAAAGCAAGCUAAAGAGGCCGAAAAGGUUAAAAGAGCUCAAAUCCGACAAGAAAAACGUGAGCAGCGUGAGCAAGAGGCUGCGGAAAAGCAACGGCUUAAGGACGAGCAAGAAUUGGCUAAGCUAGCUGAUUUACAGCUUCAAAAUGAUGUUAUAUCAACUCCAAAGGCUUCAAAAAAACCCACAGAGCAAAUUUCUAGGCAAGCAAAGCCAAGAGUGCAACCUGAGGCUCAUGUGGAGGAUAAUGAGGUGGUUGUUACUACAAACCGUAGGGGCCGCGCGAUACGGCCCCCUGCACGUUUUCGCGAUUAA